GCACUGAGCCACACGAAGCGCUUCCCGGGGAGAGAGAGCGGGCUGAGAUAAGAGAGAAACGAGAGGCACAGAAGGGAACACGGAAACACAGUAGGAGCGGUUACCGAGCAAGGUGUAUUGGUAACUACGAAAGAUACGGACUCCGUAGACCCGUUUUACAAACCCAAAUAUUGGGUGCACACAUUUUUUUUUUAUCUUAUAGUGGUCGGACUGGACGUGUUUAUUGUGGACAAAAGGAUUUUUUCUUGUAGAAUACCAUUCAGGAUUGAGAAUGUCGGGGACCAGGGAGGAAGAACGGCGGAAACUAGCCGACAUCAUUAACCACUGGAACGCCAACCGGCUCGACCUGUUCGAGAUCAGCCAGCCCACCGAGGACCUGGAGUUCCACGGCGUCAUGCGCUUCUACUUCCAGGACCGCAUGGCGGGAAACUUCGCCACCAAGUGCAUCCGCGUGUCCAGCACCGCCACCACGCAGGACGUCAUCGAGACGCUCGCGGAGAAGUUCCGGCCCGACAUGAGGAUGCUGUCCUCCCCCAAGUACUCGCUGUACGAGGUGCACGUCAGCGGGGAAGAACGCAAGCUGGACCUGGACGAGAAGCCGCUGGUGGUGCAGCUGAACUGGAACAAGGACGACCGCGAGGGCCGCUUCGUCCUGAAGAACGAGAACGACAUCGUCCCCAAGAAGGUACAGAGCAACGGGCCCGAGAAACAGGAGAAGGAGGGCGUGAUCCAGAACUUCAAGAGAACCCUCUCCAAGAAAGAGAAGAAGAAGGAGAAGAAGAGGGAGAAGGAGGCCUUCGCCCGGAUACCGGACGGCGACGAGCUGUCGCUGAGCAGAGAGGACGGGGAGAACUCGCGGCUGGCGGCGGAGGUGUACAAGGACAUGCCGGAGACCAGCUUCACGCGCACCAUCUCCAACCCGGAGGUGGUGAUGAAGAGGAGGCGGCAGCAGAAGCUGGAGAAGAGGAUGCAGGAGUUCCGCAGCAGCGACGGGCGGCCCGACUCGGGAGGGACACUGCGGAUUUAUGCAGACAGUCUGAAGCCCAACAUCCCCUACAAAACCAUCCUGCUCUCCACCACCGACAUGGCCGACUUUGCUGUGGAAGAGGCCUUGGAGAAGUACGGGCUGGAGAAGGAGAACCCCCGAGACUACUGCAUAGCCAGAGUGGUGUUGCCGCCAGGCUCCCAGCAGUCAGAUGACAAGGCGGGGAAGGAGACCAUCCUGGACGACACAGAGUGCCCCCUGCAGAUCUUCAGAGACUGGCCCAGCGAUAAAGGAGGCCUCGUGUUUCAGCUGAAGAAGCGGCCCCCAGACUACGUCCCAAAGAAAGGCCGCAAGCCCGAGGACAGGGCCUCCAGGGGGAAGUCCCUGGACGGCGUCCUGCCCCCGGAGAAAAUGCCCUACCUGGUGGAGCUCAGCCCAGGGAGGGGGAAUCACUAUGCCUACUACGCCUAUCGGCCCCACGAAGACGGUUCGGACUCCAGGGACAAGCCGAAGCUGUACCGGCUCCAGCAGAGCAUCACCGAGGUGGGCUCUGACACAGUGGACGAAGGCUCCAUCCAGCUCUUCGGCCCCGGCAUCCUCCCCCACCACUGCGACCUGAUGCAGUCGGACGGGCUGGUGACGGUGGCGCCGGCCAGCUACAACGCCGAGACCUUCGUGGACGGCCAGCGGGUCUCGGACCCGGCCGUCCUGCGCAGCGGCGCCACGCUCCAGUUCGGCGCCGCCCACGUCUUCAAGUUCGUCGACCCCAGCCAGGACCACGGCAUGGCCAAGAGGGGCGUGGACGGGGGCCCCAUGGUGAAGGGCAGAAACAAAUCAGGGAACAUUCCUGAGACGACCUUCGACCUUCACGGUGACAUCCACAGUGGGACUGCUCUCCCCACAAGCAAGAGCUCAGGGAAGCUGGACAUGGAGCGGGCGGGUAACCCCAGUGAGAGAGGCCUGGUCAAGCCCAUGGUCCGAGCGGAGCAGGAGGGAAGGUCCCAGGACAGCCUGAGCCCCGAACUGACGCUGCCGGCCAGCAUCGAGUUCAGGGAGAACUCCGAAGAUGCCUUCCUGUCCGCCAUCAUCAACUACACCAACAGCUCCACGGUGCACUUUAAGCUGUCCCCCACCUACGUCCUGUACAUGACCUGCCGCUACGUCCUGUCCAGCCACUACCGGCCGGACCUCAGCCCCUCGGAGCGCACGCACAAGGUCAUCGCCAUCGUCAACAAGAUGGUGAGCAUGAUGGAAGGAGUCAUCCAGAAGCAGAAGAACAUCGCUGGGGCCCUGGCCUUCUGGAUGGCCAACGCCUCCGAGCUGCUCAACUUCAUCAAGCAGGACCGGGACCUGAGCCGCAUCACGCUGGACGCCCAGGACGUGCAGGCUCACCUGGUGCAGCUGGCCUUCAAGUACCUGGUUCACUGCCUGCAGUCUGACCUGAAUAACUACAUGCCCGCCUUCCUGGAGGACCCGGACGAGCAGAACCCCCAGCGCCCCAAAAUAGACGACGUGCUGCACACGCUCACCGGCGCCAUGUCCCUGCUGCGCCGUUGCCGGGUCAACGCCGCCCUCACCAUCCAGCUGUUCUCGCAGCUCUUCCACUUCAUCAACAUGUGGCUGUUCAACAAGCUGGUGACGGAGCCGGACUCGGGCCUGUGCUCGCACUACUGGGGGGCCAUCCUGCGCCAGCAGCUCAGCCACAUCGAGGCCUGGGCCGAGAAGCAGGGCCUGGAGCUGGCCGCCGACUGCCAUCUGAGCCGCAUCGUGCAGGCGACGACGCUGCUGACCAUGGACAAGUACUCGAUGCAGGACGUCCCGAACAUCAACAACACCUGCUUCAAGCUCAACUCCCUGCAGCUCCACGCACUGAUGGCCAACUACCACUGUGCCCCCGAUGAGCCAUACAUUCCCCCCGAGCUGAUCGACCACGUGGUGGCGGUGGCGGAGAACACGGCGGACGAGCUGGCGCGCAGCGACGGGCGGGAGGUGCAGCUGGAGGAGGACCCCGACCUGCAGCUGCCCUUCCUGCUGCCCGAGGACGGCUACUCCUGCGACGUGGUGCGCAACAUCCCCAACGGCUUCCAGGAGUUCCUGGACCCGCUCUGCCAGAGAAACUUCUGCAGGCUGAUCCCGCACCCCCGCUCCCCCGGCACCUGGACCGUCUACUUCGAAGGGGCCGAGUGCGACAAUCACUUCUCUGCGGACAGCGCGGACCUGCCAAUGCGGAAGGAACCGGAAGUGGUGACCGUCACGCUGAAGAAGCACAAUGGCAUGGGCCUCAGCAUCGUGGCCGCCAAGGGUGCCGGGCAGGACAAGCUCGGGAUCUACAUCAAGUCGGUGGUGAAGGGAGGGGCGGCUGACAUGGAUGGAAGACUUGCGGCUGGGGACCAGCUGCUCAGUGUGGACGGGCGCAGUCUAGUUGGACUCUCACAGGAGAGGGCUGCUGAGUUGAUGACCAGAACAGGCUCGGUUGUGACACUCGAGGUGGCCAAGCAAGGGGCCAUUUACCACGGCCUGGCCACACUUCUGAACCAGCCGUCUCCCAUGAUGCAGCGGGCGGCGGACCGCGGGCGGGACAAGGGAAAAUUAAGACCAAAGAGCGAGGGCUUCGAGCUCUACAACAACUCCGUGCAGAACGGCUCCCCGGAGAGCCCCCAGGGCACGUGGGACGCCUACCCCGAACCAAAGAAGAUGAGCGGGGAGGACCGGCUGCUCAAGAACAGGGCCGACCACCGCUCCAGCCCCAACGUGGCCAACCAGGCACAGAGUCCGGGAGGAAAGCCCGUUUACCAAGGAGGACCCGGGACCAAGAUCACCUCCGUCUCCACGGGCAACCUCUGCGCCGACGAGGAGCCGUCCCCGCCCCACCCGGAAGCGUACCCCAUCCCCACGCAGACCUACACCCGGGAGUACUUCACCUUCCCCGCCUCCAAAUCUCAGGACAGGAUGGGCCCCGGGCCGGGCCCCGGCCAGCCCUGGCAAGACCCCGAGGACAGGCCCCUGGACGACCAUCCCCCCGGCAACAUGGCCCUGCAGGAUGAGCUGUUGGACGAGCGUGUGGGGUACGCCCCGGACAGGCUCCGGCCGGAGGACCUGGUGCUCCUGCAGCAGCGGGAGGCCGAGUACCAGAGGGAGCGGGGCAGCGGGGAGCACUGGAACCACCAGGUCUCCUCCUCCGUGGAGUCCAGCACCUCCAGCCAGGAGCACCUCAACUACUCCUCGUCCUCCUCCUCCAAGGGCAACCACAAGAGCGGGCCGGGCCGCUGGAAGACCCCACUGUCGCCGCACUCAGGUCCCGCCCCCGGCUCCGCCCCCUCGGCGGCCCGCACCGACCUGCCGCCCCCGCCCCCUCCCCCGCCCCCCGUGCACUACGCCGCCGAGUUUGAGGCCCAGCCGGAGCUGCCGCUCCCGCCCCCGCCCGCCGUCGCCCAGCAACACGCCGCGGCCGCCGCGGCUGCCACCGCCAACGCCGCCGCAGCCGCCGACCGCAAGAAGCGUGAAGAGCAGCAGCGCUGGUACGAGAAGGAGAAGGCGCGGCUAGAGGAGGAGCGCGAGAGGAAGAGGCGGGAGCAGGAGAGGAAGAUGGGCCAGAUCCGCAACCCCGCCGGGCCCGCCCCGCUCAACAACCAGCACGGCCCCCCGCCGCCGCAGCAGCACCAGCAGAUGCCCCCCCCCAGUCCCCCGCCCAGGUCCCCCAGACCUACCUCCCCUUGCAGCUGGCCACCCAGGCCCAGCAGCAGCAGCCCCCCCAGGCCCGAGAAGCUGGCCAGCCUCCCCCGCGGGGCCCCGCCCCCCCACGACACGGUGAUCCGCGAGCUCCUCCCCCAGCAGCAGCCGCGCACCAUCGAGCGCCGGGACCUCCAGUACAUCACCAUCAGCAAGGAGGAGCUGUCGUCGGGGGACAGCCUCUCGCCGGACCCCUGGAAGCGGGACGCCCGGGAGAAGCUGGAGAAGCAGCAGCAGCUGCACAUCGUGGACCUGCUGGACCGCGAGAUCCAGGAGCUGCAGGCCAAGCCCGAGCGCUCGGCCGAGGAGAACGACCGCCUGCGCAAGCUCAUGCUGGAGUGGCAGUUCCAGAAGAGGCUGCAGGAGUCCAAGCAGAGCGACGAGGACGAGGAGGAGGAGGACGAUGAGGACGUGGACACCGUCAUGAUCAUGCAGCGGCUGGAGGCCGAGAAGAGAGCGCGGCAGACCGCCGUUCCCGCGAUCUCUGUUCUAGACUUGCUCCAGGACGAGGAGCGACGGCGCAAGCAGCAGCUGGAGGAGAUCCGCAAGCGGGAGGCGGAGGAGCGGGCCAAGCAGGAGGAGGAGCGCCGCCGCAGAGAGGAGGAGAGGGCCCGACGAGAGGCCGAGGAGAAGAGGAGACAGGAGGAGGAGUACUACACGCGCCUGGAGGCCGAGCGGCGCCGGCAGCACGAGGAGGCCGAGCGCCGGCUGCUGACGCCCGACGAGCCUGGUCUGUACAGACCGCCCCUCCCGCGGGACUACCAGCCGCCCCCUCCUCCUCCCGCACCCCCCGCCACUAACGCUCCUCCGCCCCCCCCUCAGAGAAACACCUCUUACCUCAAAACCCAGGUCGCCUCCCCCGACACCCUGUACACUGCCAAGUUUGUCUCGUACAAUGACGAGGAGGAGGAGGAGGAGGAGGAGGACGCAGGCCUAGCAGGUCAGGUUAAGCUCUCCGCCACCCGGAAGUCCUAUGGCGACCUCGCGCCCGCGCACAAGCCUCUGCCUCCGCUGCCGUCCUCGCGCAAGCCCCGCCCGCUGUCCGAUGGGAUCUUUCUGUCCAGCUCAUUCCAGCUGCCCGCAGCCAAUGCCAACAGUACUGUGGGCAAGGCAGGGCCGCCCCCUCCCCCUCCCGCCAAACCCGCCUUCGGCCUGUCGGGCAACUCCAAAGGAUAUAAUACGUACACUGGAAACACAGCAGGAGUUGUAGGAUCGAACGAAGUUUACAAGGACCCGCGAGAGAAAUGGGCUAAGAGUGGUCAAGAGCUGGAUGCCUCUGUAACUGGAGGAGCCCCAGAGAGUCUCACCUUCAAGGAACGCCAGCGGCUCUUCUCCCAGGGGAAGGAAGUGUCCAAUAAGGUCAAGGCCUCACGAAAACUCAUGGAAAUUGAGAGCGAACUCAACACUAAAUAGCAGAGAGUCCGAGCACGUCGCAAUGCCAGGCCCCGGCCGAGCGAGGAAAAGCGGGAGCUAGUUCUCAGUUCCCACCCUUUCUUUCUUCUCAUUUUAUGUUUUAAUGAAUAACUGGACCUUUAGACGAUUUAGACGGUUUGCAAUAGGAGCAGGGGCGGAGCUAAGGGGGUAUAACGGAGAAAGCUUUCCCGGGAGGUAGCGGGUCCAGGGGGUCCCCCAGAGGCGGAUGAUUUAUUUUAUUUUUUUUAUAUAUAAAUAAAAAUUUAAAAAUACAUCUAAAUAUAUUGGGCAUUUCAUUUUUAACAAUGGCCUCUUAUACAGUUUGCUCCAUGGGGGCGUGGAUGCAUGGUGCGUUACCUUUUGCUAAAGAUGUCAAGCUCUCUCAACGUUUGUUAUUUUGAGUGGAGGAAUAACGUUAACUUUAGGACAGGCAGCCAGAGCCAGAAAAUUAGCAACGUGAAACGUCAAAAAGCAGGAUUUGAAAAAUGAAAAUACAAAAGAAGCGAGAACAGACCCUACAAACAACUUAUUGACAAACUUUAUUCUGAGGCAUGAAGAUGGAAGCCAGUUAAUUCUAACGUUAACGUCAGCGAGGAAGCUAGCGAGCAUGCCACUGCUGUCAUGGAAGAACGGUGCCGAGGAGCGAGAUAAACCCCCACUAUCACUGCAGGGAAUACCAGGUCAGGUAAAUAGGCCUACCGACAGUGCCGCCCUAGAGCACUACGAUGACAGAAAAACAAUUACCGACAAAAGGCAAAAUAUUGUUAGAGCCCUAUUUAGCAAACACAUUUCCCUCAUUCAAAAAUAUGGCAGCAACCAAUUCACAAGGAAACUCUUUCUAUAAUGUUUGUUAUAUUCACAAUUAAAAAGCACCACAAGAACAUUAAGAGAGAUGGUUAUUAGAGAGGGCAAAGGGUGCUUGUACUGUAUUCCAUGUUUGUUGUUUUCUGCCAAGCCAGAGAAGUCUGAAAGUGUAGAUGAGGUAAAUAGGUUACUUUAGGACCGUCUUUAGUGUCUUAAAGUAGCCCAUCUACCUUAAAAUGGCUGAAACUAUACGCCAGAUCAUGAACGAGGCAUUUCACGCCAACGUCUCCCAUUUUAAGUGGAGAAAUCGCAGCGUUCAUUGGUACUGGGCGCAGGGAUUGACAGCGAUUCAGUGGACCGGUUGCUCGAAGUCCGUUCCUUUUCUAUGAGGCGAGUGACACGAGCAACUGGGCGACGAAACUUGCCUGCAGUUUAUCUUUUCGCGGCGUUGCUUGCCAACAGUUACUCCGUUUCCUUGUUUCCUAUUUUUCCAACCGAUAAAAUACCAUUUUGUGAAUAAUUGUUCUGUUCGGCUUUACCCAUUGCAGUGGAGGAGCAGUAUAUCUGGACAGGCCACAUGGCAAAUACGUGGCUUGCUAUAAUUAGCCGAAAAUUAGCCUCCUUGAGCCCCAAAGCACAUGUUGAGUUUUACCACUAGAGAGAUGAGUUGCUAGCUAGGCUAUUCCUAGGAAUCCAUCUCGCAUUCAACAGAGAUCACAACAGCCAGCAACUUAAAGGGAUAUGCUAUAUGGAAAAUAUACAUCAUUGGCACACUACCUUAUGCCAUUAUUUCUCUACAUCAAACGUUUGCAGCUGCAGAGGACACACCAGGAAGCUCUUUCCUCAGCCUGGUACACUUAAGCGUCCACAGAACAGUUAUGAGUUGGUCGCUGUGUGAACGCGGGGUUAGCAUAUUAUAUGCUAGGCACUCGUCUUCAGUCAGCCAGGCUCUUGUGACGAGUUUGCACUUCUGUAUAUUCAAAGAGUUGAGCGUAGAUGACGUCAGGGCAUCAAUACACCGUCAAUACACCACUGACCUUUCAGAUAACUUGGAGAGACAAGUUUUGCAUCUCAGGACGAUAUACAGUGCCACCUUCCCACUAUCAUUAAACCCUCUUCAGCUACUCAAUGCUAUUUACUUGAUGCACUUGGAAAGCAUCUAUAGUGAAAUUUGUGUUGCUGUACGCAUAUUUUCUACACUGCCAGUCACAGUUGCAGGGGGUGAACAAGCACCCAGUAAACUUUAAUUAAUAAUCUGAAAAAAAUCUGAAAUCUAAAAUGAGUUAAGUGAGACUGAAUGGCCUUGCAAUUCUUCCAGUCAAAUGUGAACAAGCUUGUAAUAUUGACUUCAACCCUUUGAGGUGUAAUAUCACAAAUACGAUUACAAUCUUCUUAACUGAACUGAAGAUUCUAAUGUUGAUGUCACAAUCACUUCUGGUAAUUGAAAGCAGCUGAGUUCUAGAACACUGACUUAGAAUUUUGGAGAGAAAAAAAUAAUUCCAAAAAACCUACUCUAGAAAGGGUUAAAGACAUUAUUAAAGACUUUGCAGCGAGGCAGAUGAAUUGGAUGCUACUGUGAGAGGGAGGGUAGAGAAAGUAGUUGAUAAGACAACACUGAGGUAGGGGAUUGUGUUUAUCAUGGAGCUGACGUGUAGCGGGAUGGUGUAUGUGUGCGUGUGUGUGCGUGUGUGUGCGUGUGUAUGCAUGUGCGCAAGGGGGUGGAGAGGGAGGGCUUUCUCAUAUACUUUUCCCUGCACAAAUAAUUUCCAUGUCCGUCCCUGAAUAGAACAGACGAUUCUUACUUUCCCACAAAACUAUCAAAGGUAUAUUACGAUAAAGCACUGUAAAAAUGUUUUUACUUAUACAAGGCAAAUUUGAAAUCACAUGAAGGGGGAUAUAUUUUUGUUUGUAAAAUGGUUAUUGGGUUAUGGUUGAAAGUUUUUUUUUAAUAGCUUACUGUAAUGUGGAACAUUUUGAUAUGUUAUGCUUUUGCUGCAUUACUCAUUUCCACAUAUUUCUUUUUUUUUUUUUUCUUUUUUUUGCUUUUCAAAAUGAAAGGCCGGUUUCAAGUCACCAACCUGUAAAAGAAAGAUGGGUUCCACUGUAUAUUCUGCUCUGCUCUUCACACUACUCACAAUUCCUAAGGGUGCUGGUUGCAUCGAGACUUCAGUCCUGACGAAUCCAAAAUCUCACCUCCACUCGUUUUUACGCGUACACUGUGUAAAUAUCUAACAUUUUCCCAGAAUACUCACCUGCCACGAGUUCUUGCAUAACAUCCCAACAGGGCAGUUAUGUGUAUUGAAAUUCUAGAUAUUUCUUUCACAUUAGGAGGUAGAGAACAGGCUUUUUGUCCUCUCAGUGAUUUUUAAAAAUGUUUUUGUUAAUCAACUAUUAGACAUUUUCUUGGUUAUGUGUAAGAGUUAAGCAGUUCCUGCUCUACAGCACACUGCAUUCAUGAGGAGAGUGGUAGGAGACUAAUCACAAUUACAUACAAAUGUGUAAAAAUGUCAUUGCACAGCUGAUAUUUAUUUGAACUUUUGUUUUGUUACACUGGUUUUGUUGCAUCCACUAAAAAAGUGUGACAUUGCAUUAGAAAUGCAUAUGAAUAUUGCAUUUAAUAGCGAACUGGUUGUUUUUAAAAAUAAUUUUAAAACAAGCCAUGAUUGUGACAAAAGCCUGUUCUUAUUCUAGAGAUCCUCGAUUACCUUGUUUGGCUGUCAGUUUCCCCACAAAGACACGAUGUACACCACUGUAGUUUUUUAGUCUUUAAUUUUUCCUUUCAAAAAAAGGGGCUUUGAAACUCAAUAUUCUGUGUAAAUACUUUUCAGAAGAACAAGGACCAGACUUUACUAUGUAAAUUUGAAUUAUGCUUAAGGUAUCAGUGUCUAUAGCCUCCUUUUUCUGCUCCAACAAUAUUAACUGACAGAUGUAUUCACAUCCACGUGUUUUCCAUUUUAGGUAAGACAAAAUUUAUUUGAUUCGCUUUAAUGGUUGUUUCAUGUUAGGAUUUUGUAAAUCAUAAAUAAAUACAGAUUUUACAAAAAUGCUGGAAUUGUCUGUACAAUUUGUAUAGAAGUAUUUAAGAUGCUGUAUUUUACAUAGAUGUGAAAAUUAGUCACUUUAAGCAGGAUUGCUUAAUUGCAAAAUGAGUGUUUAGCACAAGCUGGUUGUUUUGUAGGUCAGGGUGCGGUUGUCCUCAUUUGACCUAAGGUGAGAAAACAGUGAUCUAGCCGGUUUGUUCUGUGGUAGAAUGAGAUUGGGUUGAUUUCCCGUUUUAGUUAUGCUUUUGUUUGAAUAAUUAGCUUUGUUAUUUUACAGCAGUACAUUUAACUGUUUUGCAUUGGAUCACGUGACUGAUUUGCACAUGCCAGGUGAUACUCUUAGAAAACUGGUAGGGGAAGUGAAUGGCUGGCAGUGCAGCUUUUUAACAGCUCAGAAAUCCAGGGGCCAAUUUGAUGGCAAGGCUAAGUGUCAGUAAUUGCACUGUAUGGACAUCUGCACUUCUGUUCGUAGGAUGGAGUGGACAGACAUUCAUUGCCUUAGGGGGGGAGGGGAACUGAUGGGUGGAAUAACGCGAUGAAAUUAAACAAAUGUGUAUGUAUUCAGACUGGAGUGUAAAAUAUAUAAAUAUAUAUUUUUGCUAUUUUUUUCUUUUCAAACUGGAUGGUCGUUAUUGGGAAAACCAUUUGGGAAGCUCCGUGGCUGUGGAUUUUUCCAGUAUUUGUGUGGAUGAUGCCGAGUGUGACACACAGUGGAUAGCUUUCGGGUACCACAAUAAAGCACAACUUCAGUCUCUGGCCAAGAAGACAAGACCAGCGGUGUUAUGUAUACACCCUGGCCAUGUUCUUGUCUUGUCAAACACUUCCCCAUGGAAAAAAAAAUAUAUAUAUAUGUAUAUGUAUAUGUAUAUGUAUAUGUAUAUAUAUAUAUAUAUAUAUAUAUAUAUGGCUACUUUUUAUUUCAGAGAUGAAUACAUGUUAAUAUUAAUGUGAAAGGAGUUGGGAGAGUGCCUGGGUUUUGAAAGAAUGCCAGGGUUCUUGUAGUAUUAACUCUCUGGCAAUUUCUUUUUUUUUUUAAAGAAGAGAAAAUUGUGUGUUACUCAUUGCUGGAGAGCACUGAAACUGCUGUAGCUAAUUUCUACUGUAUUUCACCUGCAACUUAUUUUUAAAUAAAAUCUUUAACAUUGA